UGAAGUUUUUGGGGAGCAUCGGUGUUGCUCCACAUCAAGUGGAAAAAAGAUUCUUAUCUUUGCCGCAGCAGCGGGCUCUCCACUCAGAAGUGAUUCCCUUUGAAAUCGUCACGGAGCCGCGCGGCCAAUCAGCAUGAGCUGCGCGUGCCGCGUCUAGCCCUCCCUAUCCAUAUUUGGGUAGUGACGUAACGGGCGCGUUCAAUAGGUUCCCCAUAUAUACAUACUAGUGUCAGGGCGCCCGCCUCCGUCAGAGAAAGCAGUCUUAAAGUUUGUCCCAUGAAGCGCAGUAGGAAAACGGAGCGCAUCCUCUCACAGCGGCGGUGACCAACAGAGACAUGCAGCGGUGACCCCUCCUUGGCUGGCUUCCACGCUCCUGUUAGGCUCAGGUUUUAAGAAAAACAACGAGAGAAAGACGAAAGAGGGAGAGGGAGAGAGAGAGAGAGAGAGCGAGAAAGAGAGAGAGAGAGAGAGAGAGAGAGAGAGAGAGAGAGAGAGAGAGAGAGAGAGAGAGAGAGGGCACAAUGACAGCUAAAACUCUGGAGAAAGUGCCGGUGAAUCUGGGAGGGUUCGUGCAUCCUGUGGCCGACAGCGUGUACUCUGUGGAUGACAUCGCCACCAGCUUGCCGACCUCUGUGGCCAUCUUUCCAAACGCCGAUCUGGGGGCGCAUUAUGACCAGAUCAAUGUGGCAGCAGAAAGCCUGAUGGGUGCCGACAUGAACGCAGAGAAGCGCUCAGUGGACCUUUCCUCCUACUCCAGCGGCUUCUCCCAACCCACAUCCCAUCGCAACCAGACCUUCACCUACAUGGGGAAGUUCUCCAUCGACUCCCAGUAUCCAGGGAACUGGAACCCAGAGGGAGUCAUUAACAUCGUUUCGGGUAUAUUCAACGUGGCCCAACCGCCUCCCCCUCCACCUCCUCCCUCCUCGUCAGCUUCGUCCUCCCCGGCUUCGUCUGGAUCUCCACACCACUUCUCCAGUGGAGGCUUGAGUUGCACCAUGGCGGCUCAGAGCCAGGCAGACCUGGAUCAUCACCAUCACCUCUACUCACCCCCGCCCCCUUACUCCUCCUCUGGCUGUGGGGAAGUGUACCAGGACCCCUCGGCGUUUUUGUCCACCUCCUCCUGUCCGAUAGCCUCGUACCCUCCGCCAUCGUACUCAUCACCCAAGCAGCACAGCAGUUCAGACGCACCGGGCCUUUUCCCCAUCCUCCCCGACUACUCGGGCUUCUUUCAGCCGGCCUGUCAGCGGGACAUGCACCCGGCAGCUAUCCCAGAUCGGAAGCCGUUCGUCCCGUGUCCUCUUGAUACAUUCCGCGUCCCCCCUCCCCUGACCCCGCUGAACACUAUCAGAAACUUUACUUUGGGAGCUCCGGGCGGUGGCGGCGGCUCAGAAACGGGGCAGCCGAGGCUCUCCUCGGCCUACAGUCCGCAGAACCUGCCCCUCAGGCCGAUCCUGCGGCCGAGAAAAUACCCGAACAGACCCAGCAAAACGCCCGUUCAUGAGCGGCCGUACCCGUGUCCGGCGGAAGGCUGUGAUCGGCGGUUCUCCCGCUCCGAUGAACUAACCAGACACAUCCGCAUCCAUACUGGCCACAAGCCCUUCCAGUGUCGGAUCUGCAUGCGGAACUUCAGCCGCAGCGACCACCUCACCACGCACAUCCGCACGCACACGGGCGAGAAGCCGUUCGCCUGCGACUUCUGCGGCCGCAAGUUUGCUCGGAGCGACGAGAGAAAAAGACACACUAAGAUCCACCUGCGCCAGAAGGAGAGGAAGGCGUCCUCCGUGUCCACUGCGUCCUCCUCCUCCUCCUCUGGAAGCUCCGCGUUGGAGCGUCAAUCAGGCGGCAUUAGCGCAGCCAGUGGGAUCUGCUCUUAGGGUUUCCUCUGGAAGCUUCCUCCCCUCGGCAGGGUGGCUCACCCGACCCCCUCAAAGAAGAAGAACCAUCAGAGUAUCAGAGCAAAGUGCUGUGAAGUGAGCACGGAAGGCUUCCGAAAUCAGAACUUUUGCGCAGUGAUGGACGCACAGUCACGCUACUGAACUUACAUUGAUACUUAUAUACGAUUGCACUUUGCCUGCACAGCCUACUGAAAUACGAAUAAAUAUAAAAAGGGGACUCCAAUAUUCCCAACACUGAUACGUGACACGGCCUGCGCUUGUAAAUGUAAAAUAACGGCAAUAAUGUUACAAAGACAUGAAGACAUGUUAAGUUAUUCCAUUUAAUAUGUUUGUUGAUGGGUGUAUUCUCUAGUGCCUUGCUGUGUGUCUUUUGUACACUGACUGAUUCAAGGACGCUCCUAAUGCAAUGUAAAUGUGUCCGUUAAUAUGUAAAGUUGGAAGACAUUCUAUUUUUGUACACGUUCAGUCUGGUGUCGCUCCGAGGUUCCAUUAAUUGUUGCUCCUGUGUUAAAAAAAGUCUCUUCGGGUGUAAAUAUGUUGAAGGGUAAUUGACUCGUUAGUUGUAAUGUGUGUUUUAAGACUUAUUAAAUGAAAGAGGAUGAUCAACACAAAA